GCGCGGUGGUCGUUAGACGGUUGGAGGGCAGCGCACGACGUCCUGCCUGCUGCUGCGCGCUGGCCCUCGGCGUCGGGCGCCCGGCGGCGUCCCGUCUCGUCAUGUCAGGCGCUGCUUGGCUUUAGUUCUCCAGGCCUCCGCCCACCCGCCUACCCGAAGCCGCGCCCACCGCCCAGAGCCAGAGGGAUGGUGGUAGUCACCGGGCGGGAGCCAGACAGCCGUCACUCGGACGGUGCCAUGUCCAGCUCCGAAGCCGAGGACGACUUCCUGGAGCCGGCCACUCCGACGGCCACGCAAGCGGGGCACGGGCUGCCCCUGCUGCCCCAGGAGUUUCCUGAGGUCGUCCCCCUUAACAUUGGAGGGGCUCACUUUACCACACGCCUGUCUACCCUGCGGCGCUAUGAAGACACCAUGUUGGCUGCCAUGUUCAGCGGGCGACAUUACAUCCCUACAGACUCUGAGGGCCGGUACUUCAUUGACCGAGAUGGCACGCACUUUGGAGAUGUGCUGAACUUUCUGCGCUCAGGGGAUCUGCCACCCCGGGAGCAUGUGCGAGCUGUGCACAAAGAGGCCCAGUACUACGCCAUUGGGCCCCUCUUGGAGCAGCUGGAGAACAUGCAGCCACUGAAGGGCGAGAAAGUGCGCCAGGCCUUUCUGGGGCUCAUGCCCUAUUACAAAGACCAUUUGGAGCGGAUUGUGGAGAUUGCCCGGCUGCGCGCAGUACAGCGGAAGGCCCGCUUUGCCAAGCUCAAAGUCUGUGUCUUCAAGGAAGAGAUGCCCAUCACCCCCUAUGAGUGUCCCCUCCUCAACUCUCUUCGCUUUGAGCGGAGUGAGAGUGAUGGACAGCUCUUUGAGCACCACUGUGAAGUAGAUGUGUCUUUUGGGCCCUGGGAGGCAGUGGCUGAUGUAUAUGACCUGUUACACUGUCUGGUCACGGACCUCUCAGCCCAAGGCCUCACAGUGGAUCACCAGUGCAUCGGGGUGUGUGACAAGCACCUUGUCAACCACUACUAUUGCAAACGCCCCAUCUAUGAGUUCAAAAUCACGUGGUGGUGAGUACCAGUAGCCGAGUCCCAUGAAAGAGGUGUCCAUCCUCUCGGGCGGCUCUGGGAAUCUGAUCCCCAGAGGAGCUGCUGACUGUCCCCGAACCUCCUGAGGUGAGGACAGUGUGCUGAGGCACAGAUGCAAAGGCUCGGGUGCUGCCGCAGCCCCCCUGGCUCGUCUACCUUGGGGACUCAAUCUGCACUCACCCCAUCUUUUCCUCGAGGCAUGGCAUCUUCACUGGAGGCCACAGGAUUUAGUGGGGAUAUCAUCGGAAGUCCGGAGAGGUUUGAUACUUUCUUGACACCUUGCAAGAGAGCGUCUGCCCAUUUUAGAGCCAUGUUGCUGAUGAAGGUGUCAAUCACUUCCUCACCCUGUUUGAACAUUCCUGUGCUCAGUGUGUCAGUCAGAAUAAGGAGUGUGAUAGGGGAUUUACCCAAGUGUCCACCCUGUAGCCCUGGCCAAAGAAGAAAGAGUCCUUUUCUCCCCAAUGUGCUCCUUGCUCUUCCAGUGACUCUAGUACCUUGUCUUAGGAUGUGGAAACAUAUGUCCCGCACUUCCAGAACAUGCCUGUCACCUUCUCUUUGAGAUUAACCACAGCUGCCAAAGCCAUGUACCAGUUGGGCCUUAGAAAAACCACAAUGUUUACAGCCGUGCCCCGGGGCUUUGGCUUUACAUUCUUUGCAGAGUUAUACUCUUCAUAGGACUGGAAGGUUUCAAAGGUUCUCUCCAAAGAUUCCCCAAGUUAGGCAGACAGGGAGUCUAGGAACUCUUAACAUGUAGCAUCCCUCCAGAGGCCAAGAUCACAGCUUGCUGCCAAGUCUUGUGUUAGGAUCCAGUGUGGUGAACCUCUUUGGCACGGACACUCUCUUUCUCUGGAAGCUACUGUUUGGGCUUGAGGGAGAGGAAAGUAAGUCCCAGGUGGAGGCACGGCCAUCCCAGGAGCUGAAGAUGAUUGUAGUAAAUGUGCGUGUUCUACUUCCUGCUUCAAAAAGAGAAAACAGUCCACAAUAAUUUCUUGCUCAGUGGUCAGGGUGCAGCAUGUAGCCCCCAAAGAGAAGUGUAGCUCUCUUCCGAGAUCAUUACAUGUCCACACUGCACAAUGGGUUCUAUGUAAUCAUAGGUAUCCUUGACCGUUUCUGGAUAGUAUUUUUUUUAAUUAAACUUUAAAAAAAAAAAAAAAUAUAUAUAUAUAUAUAUAUAUAUAUAUAUGGAAUUGGCAGCACCCCAAUAUUAGUCCUGUAAAGUCAGAGUGGUCCAAUCAGACACUUGGGGGUUAGAGGCAUCCAUGUGCCUCAGAGGACUAGAAGGCCAAGCCCUGGGCUCUGAGCUGGACUUCUUGGUGCAGGUGGAGGGGGUGACUUUCCGAGGCUCCUGGGAGAACACAUGGUUUUGACCUUGUGCUUCACUCUGAGUGUAACAGAGGUAGAGGCUGAGGUCCAAGAGGGAGGGAGCAGCAGCCGUCUUCCAGGAGGAGUUCUCUCUGUAGUCCUCAGCAAACAAUAGGAUCUUCUGGGGUGAUGAAGCCCCUGCUUGGCUCUUAGCCCAACACCGUGGCUCUGGCCUUGUCUUAGCAAAGAAGUUCUUUGUUUAAAUAGGUUUUAUUUUUAUUUUGUGGACAGGGUCUCAUGUAGCCCAGAUUGGCCUCAAAUUAGCUAAGGACACCCUUAUACUCUUGACCUUCCUGCCUCUACCUCCAAAGCUCUGGGGGACAUAGGCAUGUCCCCCACACCUGGCUCUUGUGUUCAUUUUUUUCUUAAUAACAUAAACAGAGUUUGCAGAGUAGCCAGCUGUCUGCAUUACAACAUACUACUCAUGCUUAACUCACUCAGAAUAUACAAAUUUAACUUUAAACCAUUAGCUUCAUGACCAAAACAGAGCAAGAAACAUAUUUGAAACUGGUUUUCUGUCCCUGAGGUUGCAAAAUUAUCCCUGAGAAAUGGACUCACCUUGUAAGACCAAUUAAUAUGGAGGUAGUUAAGUUCCUUUUGUGGGAAUUUAUGAAUAAUCAAUACAAUAUACACAAGUCGUGACUGCAGGUCAAGGUCAGACCAUAAAGGCAUUUGCCCAUCCAUGGUGAUGGUCCCAUCUGUCCCAAAGUGCCACCCCUCCUGAUUGUUUAUUGGAGCAGUGGCCCCUAUUAGGCUUGUUGGGAACUGGAGAAUGGCUCCAUUCGAAGUGGGGAAAUCCUUGGUUCUACCAGUUCGCCUGUGGGGAAACAGUUGCCCCACCCAGAGGCCUUCAUUGGCCAUUAUGCUCUGGUACUCCUGUUCCAUUUUACUGAUCUGCUCAGUUGUCAAGUUGGGUGUUAUUGAGGGAGCACCAGUUGGGGACUUUAGUGGUAUUUCUAAAGGAUCUACUUGGGGUGAUUGAGAUGUUUCCUUGUCAAUGUCCAAAGAAGGAUAGACUGGGGGAGGUGGUGGCUCAAUGAAGUAGGAAUGGGUCCAACGCUGCCCGGGUUCAGGGAUCGCAGCGAGGUUUUCCCUGGUUAAAGCAGGUGGAAGCUUUUGCCCUGAAGCAUCUGGGCUUUCCUGCAACCCCGAGGUUGUUGCCGUUGUCUCAUAGGAAAAGCCUGAUCUUGGGGUGUCUGCUGACUAGUGUUUACUGAGUCGUUUUGGUAGCUUCUUUCUUCAGGUUGCUUAGUCUCAUCAACUGGGCUCUUGUGUGACCAGUGAGGUCCAACCAGAAAAUCAGGAGUGGCAAUGAGUGAGCCAUAGUCUUCUUCAUAUUCAUCAUCUGAGCUUGUAUCCAAGAUCUGAGAAGAGGGAUCCUGGUCUUGCAUAUCGCUGCCAUGGGUUAUUAUUGGAUCUUUACCUCCUGCAGCUAAAUCAUCCAGGUGUUGGAGGCCUCGCUCCCGGGCACUGGUUUCCUGAUCAUCUGGGCCCCUAGUAGAGGUAUUCGAAGGGGCGGGCUGCUGGGGUGCUGACAUAGAAGAGCGUUGGGCUCCCUUCAUUUGCAGUGUGAACCAAAGCUGCAAGUUGUUGGAUUUUUUUCCCCCUCUUUGCUGCAAGCGCCAUCUCUGCCUUGAUGUCCAAUGUCGUGGUUUUGGGGUUUUGGUUUUUUUUUUUUUGUAUGGAAGUCCACCAGGAUUCCCUGUUCAGCAUGAUCAAGGUCUAGUUGGUCUAUCUCUUGCUCUUCAGCAUGCUUCUUUGGGCGUCUCUCAGCCUCACUGGCAGCUUCCCAGAGUUGCUGGUAUUGUUCUCCAACAGUAACACCCACUAGAGUGCCCGGUGCAACAGCUGACAACUGGGGAAACGGUCCGUGUUCCAGGCUGUUGACUCCUCAGAGGUUGAGACUCCGUGCAGACGGAGCAUAUUCUUGGCCAGCUCCUGCAGUGCAAGCUUGAAACUGUCAACCUCUGCUUGAACCAUUACUGUCCAGACAAGAGUAGAGAGUGAUCUGAUUGCCUUCUUUGCGGAAGAUGUGGUCUAAAACAGUCGUAACUGUCAAGAGACCUGAGCGUCUUCCUUGGGCUACCGGAUUGGAAAUACUGAUAGCAGAAUCAUGCCCAGCUUCCACGUUGGUUCCUUGAUGGGUCAACAUGAAUUUGAAGGUAAAGCUGGCCCACAUGAUCCCAGAGAUCAUCAUCAUGAACCCGGGAGUGUUCCAACCCUGGGGAUGUUGUGUUAGGCCCUGCUCAGCAUGAAUGGGUAUUUGGCACUGAACUUUUUCCAGGCAUGCCCUCUCACCUACAACUAGCUUCGGUAAAAAACAGGCUACAGAAAGAAAGAAAUUGCCCUACUUUCCAAUGUUCAUUAUGGUUGUUGGCAAGAGCUAAGAGGGCUUGUUGUGUUCAGCUGCCAAGCUCUGUGUCAAGACAAAAUUCAGUCAAGUUGCUGGUUGUCUUAUUUUCGAAGAUGUGGAAAAGCAGUCUGUGUCGUUCAAGUAAUGUCUGGCUGCCCUUUGCUCAAAAUUCCCCAAGUUUCCUUCUUAGGGAUACUGGGUGCACAAAGUCAACAGGCAGCUGUCCAAUAAGUCCCCUAAUUCAACCCCCAGCCUGUUUAGCGUGGAUUAUCUGUAGGCAUAGUUCAGUGGGUUCUGGGGCCCGGUGUGAAGGAUUCCACUGGUUGUGUCCUGAAGUUGAAUAUGCUAUGCAGCUCGAAGUCCUCUUGGGUUGGAGAAUGAGAAGUGGGAUCUGCCCCCAAAUGGUUUCGAUUUUGCCGUGUCAAGGAUGCAUCUUAAACCUGACUGGAAAUGAAAGUCGGAACACUAGUGCAGUCAGUGUUAAUGCCAGUGCUCGAUGGAUUGAAGAACUGAAUCGUCCCAUUUUUAAACUGUUAGUGAAGCACACUGUUGAGGAUGAUGUACAGAUCAGCAGAGAGCUGACAAUUGAGCGAGGGACUUCUAGUAACUAGGCCUGGGACCCUUUCUCUUCCUGCUGUAGAAUCCUUCAGUGGUUGGAAAUUUAGAGUCCACAAAUAUAAGACAGAGGGAAAACUGAUCUGCUCAAAACCAGGCCCAGACUGAUUGCUUAAUACAAAGAUGCUGGGGAAAGACAUUGUCUCUGUACUUCCUGGAGAGAGUUUCUCCGUCUCCUUUUUUAUUCUCAGGAUGAUAGGUUUUGUACUGUUAUGGCAAGAGAAUGUUCCAGGCCACUGGAGCAGACAGAGGAGGGGCACUAGAUAACCAGCUCAGAAUUCCCUCCCCUCCCCUUUCAAUUCCUUUACUAUUUUUUUUUAAAUAGUUGACUUGAUGUUUGCAAUAUUAGGGCAGACCGUAUGCCGAAUCUUCUUGUGUGUAUGUGUUUUUUUAAAUAACAAAACCCUUUUUAAGCCAGUGACUUCUGUACUUUCUUGCAGCACAGAAACUUUUCUUUGUACUAUAAAGUAUACUAUAAUUUUCCCUUGACUAGUGAAAUAUGAAAUAAAGCAAUAUAUAUUGGGAUCUGGGGUGUGGUUUCAUAAGAGAACACACCUACCUACUAUGCACAAGGCCCUAGGUUCCCUUCUCAGCACCACAAAAAAUAAAAAAAGGAAAAGAAAAAAAAAAAGACAAGCAUCAUGUCAAACUGUAUCUUUGCUAUUUGGGGCUCUACACUCACUUUCUACUCUCUUGGAGCUUUUCUUAAACGGAAUAAAAGAAUUCAUCAGCCUAUUCUGGCCGUCUCUAACGAGAAGCUGAGCUCAUUCCGAAAUACGCUAUUGUAUGUGAUGGCUGCGGAUGGCUUCCAAAUGAAGGGGUCGUGUCUGUGGAAAUUACUUCCAUCUGUCCGUUUCUUUCCAGUUGCAAUUGCUUAGACCCAGACCAAAAGAUUUGCAAGGAAAGCUUUUCCUUGAUCCACAGGAAGUCCGUUCUCAAAAUGAUUUAUGCGCCGUGUCAAUGCCUCUCGCGGUGUGAGUGUGACCAGUUGUUGCUGAAGCAGAUCCAAGUGCCUAGCCUUGAGCUUCCCUCCUGUUUGACUCUGGGCACUUUUUCUCCUGGGUGACAUGCUCACUGGUUGGGACAGUGAGAGAUUUGAUAGCGGCACAUGGUGCAACGUUAGAGUCGAGGCAGAGAAGACUGAGGGAGAGCCACAUUGAAACAAUAUUCCAAGGUGUGUGUGUGUGGGUUGGGGGGGGGUUCAUUGUUACUGAUCUAAUAAAGGAACCAUCACCAUCCAUAACCUUUGUCUGUGUGUGUUCACCUGGCUGCCCAGUACUUCCAACACUGAAAGCCAACAAUACUCUGGACCCUCCUGUUCAUUUCUCUUGGGGUUUGGGCUGUUUGGGAACUAACUGCCUGAGCUCUGUGUCUUGGGCUGAUCAAGUUCUGAGUUGCUCCCUGGAGGACUACCACACACCUGCAAUAAAGAGCCAGCGGGGAGCGGGGUAGGGGGGAGGUGUGUGAUGCUGGGCUGAGUCCUGAGACAGACGUCACCCAGCACACCUUUCCACGAUGGAAUGUCAAGUGUCCUUCUGCAUAGUUUUAAACCAUAUUUGAUUGUAAUAUAAACAGUUAAGCUCUCUCUCGGGCUUCGGUGCAGGCUCUUGCCUGGAGGGGAUGCCCGUUAUUCUUAAGGGAGCCUUCCCUUAUCUAAAGGCAAGAUGUUGGGAACUGGGAUGGAAGAGACAUUUGGGGGGGCAAUUUUGGGGAAAAAUAUGUGUCUGUAGUGGGGAGGGUUAGAUUGGGAAUGUGGGAACAGAUUGGGUGUCGGAACAGACAUGGCCUUCUGAGUGUGGGAGGUCAGCUGGAUCCAUUGUCUUCAUUUGCAUAAUUUUGUUUUUGGGUACUGACUAUAACACUUCCUGUGUUCAAUAGCACACCUGUUUGUGACUACUCUUGCAUAUAGAGCCUCGG